AUCAUCCUGUUGACAGGCCAGAGGUAGCAAACAACUUUUUACAGGAGUGAGAAUUGGCACACACCACCCAUAGCCAUGGCCGCGAAACCUCUCUUGAUCUUCACCAUUACCGCCUGCAUCCUCCGCAACGUCGCCGUUUCCUCUCCAAACCCCACUUUAACCGCAGCACACGCGGAGCUACUCGAGUAUGGCUUCCCCGUAGGCUUACUCCCUGCCAACCUCCAAACUUACGAUCUCAACCGUACUUCGGGAGACUUCGUGCUGAAGCUAGACGACACGUGUCGCAUCACGCUGCCUCCGGACAACUACUUGGCUACCUACUCUAAAAAAGUCACUGGUAAAAUUGUAGAGAAUCGUAUUGCUGGGCUUGAUGGAAUUGGUGUUAGGGCUUUUUUUAGGUGGUGGGGGAUUAGUGGAAUCAGAUCCAACGGUCAGGAUUUGACCUUCGAGGUUGGCUACAUCACCAAAAGUUUUCCAUCUAAGAAUUUCGAUGAAAGUCCUGAAUGUGAAGGCAAGCGUUCUUCUUCUUAACAAGUUAGUAUGUUGGCCUUUCUGUCAGCUGCUUCCUGGUACUGAAGGAAAUAACGUCUUCAGAGAUGAGGCAUGAUGUAGUGGACAAAUUUAAUUAAAUAACUGGUCAUACUAGCCCAAAAACUGUAUUGAGAUGCCAGGAUAAGCUAUUUUCUCUGUUAGUGAUGUAUAUGUAUGUGAUUUAAUUCACUUAUACGCUGCCUACCUCUCCCUGCCCAUCUUUUGCCUAAGCAGCUAUUUCAUGUCGUUUGUUGUCUAGUUUAUUGGAGUUUUUUUACCGUUCUAUAUGAUAAUAUGCCUUUGAAUUA